GUGCAGGCGCAGCUCGAGGCGCCCCGUGGCGAGUUCACUCGUCAGCUCGAGGGGGCGCGCCAGGAGGCUCGAGCGGAGGUUCAGGGACAGCUUCAGGAGGCGGCCACCAAAACGAGGCGGCUCCGGGAGGCCAACCAGAAGCUCGAGUCGGAGGUGCAGCGCUCCAUCGGCAGCAUCCCGCAGGCCACCGAGCGCAUGAGCGACAAGAUCACGCAGGGCGUGAAGAGCCAGCAAAGCAUCCAGCACGGCCUCGCUCUCUGCGACAACCAGGGCAUAGGCAAGCCGACCACUUUCGGGGACCAGCAGGACAAGUUUCAAGCAUGGAGCCGGAAGUUCAUCAACUUUGUGGUCGGCGUGUACGUCGAGUCCUUCAGAGCAGUUCUGCGGUGCGCCGCGGAGCAGGAUCAUCCGGUGACCAUGGCAGUCGCGAAGGACGAGUACGAACUCACCAUCGAGAACUUGGAGGAGAAGGUCAACCAACUCUACACCGCCCUCAGCGGGACAACCGAGGACGGCAGCGAGAGCAACGAUCUCGUGACAGGAGCCCCCGACGGAAACGGCCUCAAAGCCUGGAGGAGGCUCAAUCGGAGGUGGGACCCGCUUACAGGGGCACGCAAGCGGACGAUACUUCGAGGUACCAUUUCCCCUCCGAAGUGCACCAUGGACGAGGUAAGCUCCCCCCUCGAGAAAUGGAUGGAGCAGGUGGCGAGGCACGAGCGGAGUCGCGACGAUCAGGGCAAUUUGAUGUUCAUACCGGACGACGUCCAAGCAGCAGCACUCGAGAUGCUCGUGCCGACGGAGCUGGAGAACCACCUCAUGCUGAACAAGCACCGCCUGCCGGGGUUCCAGGAAGCCUACGACGAGGUCGUCAUGAUAGUGGAGGCUCGGACCGGAGUAAAGAUCAAGGAGCCCUCCAUCAAGGACGGAGGCUGGGUCAAGGGGCCGAACGACAUGGACGUAGGGAGCCGAGCGGCCCGCGGCCAAUGGGGCCCGAGCGGAAAAGGUCGUGGCGGCAAGACCGGCAGGGGGAAGGCGGCUGGUUCGUUGGACGAGCUGGAGCCAGAGGCUGAGCUAGCAGCUGUUGACAUGGGGUGCUUUGACAUCGCCGGGAGCGCGCAUGGUGAGUUGCACAUUUCCCCGUUGAGCGACGAGAAUGGCGCUUGGUUGAAGUUCAAUUGGGACAGCAGAGCUGCAAUCAGCGCCUUCCCGCGGAGCUUCGCUCCGAAGGGGUUGACCGGAAAUGGCAACACGUACAAAAUAGCCAGUAGUGAGCUUGUACCGGACGAGGGCAGCAUCAGGGUCAAGGCGGAGGACGAGUUCGGCACGCUGAGGUCUUUAUCUGGCUGGGUGGCCAAUGUCCACAAGCCGUUGGUGUCGGCAGGGCAGGCAGCAGGAGCUGGGCAGUGCUCCUAUCUCUCCCGGACGGGGGGAUGGGUGUUCCACGAAAGGAGGCCAAUCGAAAAUAAUAUCGAGAAGCUGAUGGAAACGGAGGCCGCGAAGCAGGACCAAAAGAUGCCCGUGCACCGCGAGCAGGGCGUCUACAACUUCUACAUCAAGAAGGGCCAGCAUGGCACGGUAGCGCCGCUGGAGGAGGAUGACAUCACUGGGAAGUCCACGGGGGAGCUGAUGAAGCUCAUCCGGGACAUGCGGUCGCAGGGCGAGCAGCCGGUGCACGACGCCGAGCUUGCCGAAGAAGGAGAGGAGCAGUUGAGGCCGAAGCUGCUGAAGGCACCUCAUGAACCCUCACAGCUAGAGAUAGACGAGCAUGAGGCGACCGGACAUGCUGUCUAUAGGAAUUGGUGCAAGAUUUGCAUCGCUGCACGAGCAGUCGGGCAACCCCAUCAGAAGGCCCCUGAGGAGGACGAGACUGCGGCGCCAGUCAUCUGCAGCAACUAUGGCUUCAUGGGCCAGGAGGACGGCGAGACCCUACCUAUGUUGGUGAUAAAAGACCGUCGCUCAAAUAAAGGAGCGGCAACCUUCGUGGAGAAGAAGGGGGGAUAG